CUUUGAUCAGCAGAGGGUGGAGAGAAAGCCUUUGGAAAGGCCCAAAGAUGCAUCAGUAUUGUUUACUGUGCACUUGGCUUCACUUCACACCCCCAUUCCGGAAGAAGCAACAGAGAUAGGACCAUCUUGCACCUUGACCUGUCUAGACUGGGGAGUGGGCUUUUUGUCCCAGUUACCAAGAGUACUGGGUGCUCUUUGACCCUUUGAGUAUUUGCUGUGGAGACACUCGCUAAGUAUGUAGGUAGUUUGUAAAAGCUUCUUGAACUCUUACUUAAUUCAGGAGGAAAGCGAAUGAGACAAAGACAUGGACCAGCUGUUAUGAAAUAAAGCUGAAACAGUAGAACCUGGGAGAAGUUACAUUUUGUAAGCUAUUAUUUUCUACACAAAGCCCCUGGGAAGCAAUAUAACAGCUGCAUUUGAGAUGGCGCACUACAACUAUUCUCAGGCACAGGUUUUCACAACUCUUACACAUGUUCCAUUAGUCAAAUCUGAGGUAUAUCUGACAGAGAUUUUAGAGGGAAUAUGUGAGAAAAUGGAUGACUACAGCCUUUACAUAGACCCUAAAACCAAGGAAAAGUCUUUCAAAAGGUUUGCUCCCAGAGAUAAUGAUGCACUCCCAUCACUCGACUUUAACAAUUUCCAGUUCAAUCCUGCAGAAAGCAAUCCUCUAAAGUUUGCGUGUGAGCAUGUGGUGGAGGAGACUGAUGAGGAAAUAAUUUCACUUCUUACCAAAGACACUGAGAAUUUAGCUGAGAAGCUGUGCAGUGAAGUAGCAGGUUUUUGUAAUUCCAUUCCACACAGUGAAUUAUAGAAUCCCAGAUGUGAGCUACAGAGAACUGCUGUGUUUUUUUCUGGUUAUCUCGCCCAGCAGCAUGAACUAUGGCAACUUAUUGCCUAUAAGAACGGAUGUCAGUGUGAUCAUAUUUCCAGUAUGACUUAUGUACCAAGGACAACACAAUGGGUUUGAACUUUGUUAAAAUUAUCAAUAUGAUAAUGGGUAAUUACUCUUUCUUUAGACCAAAAAAAAAAGCCAGUUUGGCCCGACCUCGUAAUAUAUAGUUAGGUUUUGGUUAUUAUUAUUUUUUUCUUUUUUUUGUCAUGUAAUUAUCGAUCAAUAAACUAUAUAUUUUAAGAAA